AUGGCCGCGGCGACCGACGAGACCGUCUACAUUCUCCUUCGCAGGGAGGGAAUGACGACGACUAUCCUCAGCGCCUUCGUUGACCUGCAGGACGCCAACGAAGAAUGCCUUCACCACGCCAGGCUUGGAGGCAUCCCGCUGACCAGAGAGUCAGGGUCGGUGGGGCCUGAAGAGACGCACAACCUUCCCAUUCAGCCGGUGCGAUGGGAUGCGCCCGAGGGCACGUCGUGCUGGGUUGAAGGGCACAAGCUGAUGCCGAGGAGGGUGAUGCCGAGGACGACAGACGUGCCCAUCCCAUCAACGCGGGACUUGGAGUAA